UAUAUCUUUUUAUUUUUGAUACUUAUUAAAUAAGACUUUCAACUUAUAUUAUUUUUUAAUUAUUUGUAUUAUUUCAUAACAAAAUUUUUAAAUCAUAGAUUAAAAAAGUUGAAUGUGAAAAUUUUAACAGUUUUAGUAAUUUAUUCUCGUUUUGAAAAAUUCAAAAUAUAAUAUAUAAAUAAUUUUUUUAAUUUUUAUUAUAUGGUUAUUAUGAUUGUUAUAAUUUAUUUUAAUAGCUUAAAAUUAAACAAAUAUAAUUAUAAUACACACUUAUUUUUAUCAAAUCUUUAUUAUUCAAAAUCAUUAAUUGUCAUAUAUACUUUAGCCACAUUAGGCAAUUCCGUAAUCUUAUUUAAGGAAAUGAUGAAGCACAUUAAUAAUGUAUUUAUUGUGGUUUAAUAAAAAACUUAUUAUAUAUUUAAAUGGACCAACUUAUUUCUCUAAGGAUUCUAAGAAUCAUUCUAGUGAUGACACGUGGCUACAAAAAAAUGUUGCAAUGCUUCUCAAAUAAUAUAUAGGGGAUUAAUAUAAAGCAAAAACGCAUGUGUACAGAUUCAAACGUUAAGAAAAAAAUAAAGGAAACCCACUAAAUGGCGAAAUAAUAUAAAAGAAAUAAUACACUUUAGAAAACAGUGUUUUCAACCCUGGCGUGAGAGUUUUUAAUUCCAAAAAUUAUUAUACUAACCACUAAUGACCACUAUUAAAUGGCACAUGCCAUUGCAAAUAGCUCCGUCAAAAUGUGUCAACCUUUUCUUUUGAAAACGUGAUUUUGUAAAAUAAAAAAAUGGCUCUCGAAGCACAGAAAACUAUAAAAAAAUAGUACGAAAGAGAAAACGAAAUGACGAUCUUAAAAAAAAAGAGAGCAAUCUUUAGACUUUCUCUAUUAAUAGGUAACCACUUUCGUCGUCUGAGUCUCACCACAAACCAUGAACUCUUCUUACUUGUUCACUACCUUCAUCUUUGCCGCAGUUAUCUCUCUCGGUUGUUUACGUUCGACCGGAGCUGCCACGUGUCAUCCGGACGACGAGGCGGGUCUUUUAUCUUUCAAAGCGGGCAUAACCGAAGAUCCUCUGGGUAUCCUCAGCAGCUGGAAGAAAGGAACCGACUGCUGCUCAUGGUUCGGUGUCAUCUGCAUCACCGGUGACCGCGUCACCGAACUGAGAAUAUUAGGAUCCAGCGUUCUCGGCGUAGGGUUUCUCUCCGGAACUAUCUCACCGUCGCUGGCCAAACUCGAGCACCUCGAGACGCUCUCCUUCACCCAUCUUCUAAACAUCACCGGACCUUUCCCCCAGUUCCUUUUCCUACUACCAAAGCUUAGGUACGUUACCAUCAGGGAUAACCGUCUCUCCGGCCCCCUUCCGGUUAAUAUCGGUUCGCUAAGCGAGUUGGUAGAGCUCGAUCUCGAGGGAAACCGGUUAACCGGUCCGAUUCCGAGUUCAAUUUCCAAUUUGACACGGUUAACUUGGCUUAAUCUCGGCGGGAACAGCCUCUCUGGAACCAUACCGGAUGUUUUCAAAUCCAUGAAGGACCUGGCACUUAUCGAUCUCUCACGUAAUGGAUUCUACGGGAAACUUCCUCCCUCCAUGGAGUCACUUGCACACACUCUCACAUCCCUCUAUCUGAGCCAGAACAAUCUCUCAGGUACGAUCCCUGAUUAUUUUUCGGAGUUCAAGGCUCUUGCCACGUUCGAUCUCUCCAGGAAUCGGUUUACUGGAGUCGUGCCCAUGAGUUUCGCCAAGCUGAAAAGUCUUUUCCAUCUCAAACUUUCCCACAAUUUUCUUACCGGUCCGCUCCCUGCCUUGAAUCCAGUCAACGGUAUUGCCUCUCUGGAUCUAUCGUACAACAGAUUUCACCUGAAAACGAUUCCGCAAUGGGUGACUUCGUCACCGUCCAUGUAUGACUUGAAGCUGGUUAAAUGUGGUAUCGAGAUGAACAUUGAAGAGUGGGAGCCAGUGAGAACCGGGUUAUUUUAUAUCGUCGAUCUUUCUAAAAACGACAUCUCGGGGAGUCCAGCGAGGUUCCUGAACCGUGCGGAUGUUCUGCAGGAGUUCCGAGCAUCGGGAAACAAGCUUCGGUUCGACUUGGGGAAGCUGAAUUUCACCAAGUCGCUGAGAAUCUUGGAUUUGUCGAGAAAUUUGGUAUAUGGGAAGGUGCCAGCGUCCGUGGCUGGACUGAGGAAACUAAGCUUGAGUCAAAACAAUCUUUGUGGAAGGCUUCCGGUUACUAAGUUUCCAGCCAGCGUGUUCGCCGGCAACGACUGUCUCUGUGGCUCUCCGCUUCCUCCUUGUAAAACUUAGCGGCAAGAAAACUGGUGUGAUUUCUCUUCUUUGGCUUGACCUUUCUCUGCUUUGUUCAUCUCUGUUUUUGCACUUGUGUAACACUGCCAUAGAAGCACACACAACUCCUCUCUCACGUUUGUGUUUGUUCUUAUAGAGAGAGAAGAGAUUAUCUUUGUAUGUCUACAUUUUCUCAAUUCUUUUCUUAUUAAUCUCAAACAUACUAUCUUAUGUAUGCU